CACACGCACACGCGCUCGCACACACACCCGCCCAACCCCCCAGAAGCCUCGGGAUUGCAGCUGUUUCAUGUGGGGCAGCAGUGCUGGCAGGGACGCCGGCCGGGAGCGGCUGGGAGCAGGAGCCCGGCGUGCGCGCGCGGCUGGAGGCUCGCUGGGGCUCCGCGCCCCGCGGGAGCUAUUGUUGGUCUCAUUGGAGCUGAGCGCAGAGCCGGGAUCGGAUCCUUCCUGCGCGCCCACUUCGGGCUCUAGGAGCCAAGGACCCGCGCCGCCGAGAGCGAGAGGAGCCGCCGGCGCUGUGCCUCGCCUUCCUCCUCCCUGCUUCCCCGGCGGCGGCAGUCUGCAGCCACGAUGGAAACACUGAGACUCAGAGAGGGCUGGUGAUCUCUGCGGCACUUGGUCAGCAGAAAGGAUCGAGCCCCGUCCUCCAGGAUCCGAUGGCCCACGGACACUGCUGACUCUUCAGGACAUGCGGACAUGGAGCCAGACCGCUCAGCCCUGAGUGAGGCAAGGACCCUGUUCGUGGAUGUGGAGGAGUGUGGGCCAGAGGCCAUGGACGUGAAGGAGAGGAAGCCAUACCGCUCGCUGACCCGGCGCCGGGACACCGAGCGCCGCUACACCAGCUCAUCUGCAGACAGCGAGGAGGGCAAGGCCCCACAGAAGUCCUACAGCUCCAGCGAGACCCUGAAGGCCUAUGACCAGGACGCCCGCCUUGCUUACGGCAGCCGCAUCAAGGACAUGGUGCCGCAAGAGGCUGAGGAGUUCUGCCGCACAGGAGCCAACUUCUCCCUUCGUGAGCUGGGGCUGGGCGAGGUGACACCGCCUCAUGGGACCCUGUACCGCACAGACAUCGGGCUCCCCCACUGCGGUUACUCCAUGGGCGCCAGCUCUGAUGCCGACAUGGAGGCCGACACCGUGCUGUCCCCUGAGCACCCCGUGCGACUUUGGGGCCGAAGCACACGGUCGGGCCGCAGCUCCUGCCUGUCCAGCCGGGCCAACUCCAACCUCACGCUCACCGACACGGAGCAUGAGAACACCGAGACCGAUCAUCCGGGCGGCCUGCAGAACCACUCGCGGCUCCGGACGCCACCGCCUCCACUCUCGCACGCCCACACCCCCAACCAGCACCACGCGGCCUCCAUCAACUCCCUGAACCGGGGCAACUUCACUCCAAGGAGCAACCCCAGCCCGGCCCCUACAGACCACUCGCUCUCCGGAGAGCCCCCAGCCAGCGGCGCACAGGAGCCGGCCCACGCCCAGGACAACUGGCUGCUCAACAGCAACAUCCCCCUGGAGACCAGAAACCUAGGCAAGCAGCCAUUCCUAGGGACAUUGCAGGACAACCUCAUUGAGAUGGACAUUCUCAGCGCCUCCCGCCAUGAUGGGGCUUACGGUGACGGGCACUUCCUCUUCAAGCCGGGAGGCACCUCCCCACUCUUCUGCACCACAUCACCAGGGUACCCUCUGACUUCCAGCACAGUGUACUCACCUCCGCCCCGGCCGCUGCCCCGCAGCACCUUCGCCCGGCCAGCCUUCAACCUCAAGAAGCCCUCCAAGUACUGUAACUGGAAGUGCGCAGCCCUGAGCGCCAUCAUCAUCUCAGCCGCACUAGUCAUCCUGCUGGCGUACUUUGUGGCCAUGCACCUGUUUGGCCUAAACUGGCACCUGCAGCCGAUGGAGGGGCAGAUGUAUGAGAUCACGGAGGACACAGCCAGCAGUUGGCCUGUGCCAACCGACGUCUCCCUGUAUCCCUCAGGGGGCACUGGGUUAGAGAUCCCUGACAGGAAAGGCAAAGGAGCCACAGAAGGAAAGCCCAGUAGUUUCUUUCCAGAGGACAGUUUUAUAGACUCGGGAGAAAUCGACGUGGGGAGACGGGCUUCCCAGAAGAUUCCUCCCGGCACGUUCUGGAGAUCGCAGGUGUUCAUAGACCACCCCGUGCAUCUGAAAUUCAAUGUGUCUCUGGGAAAGGCGGCUCUAGUCGGCAUUUAUGGCAGAAAAGGCCUUCCUCCUUCACACACGCAGUUUGACUUUGUGGAGCUGCUGGAUGGAAGGAGGCUCCUGACCCAGGAGGCACGGAGCCUGGAGGGGCCCCAGCGCCAGUCCCGGGGAGCCGUCCCUCCCUCCAGCCACGAGACCGGCUUCAUCCAGUACUUGGACUCAGGCAUCUGGCACCUGGCUUUUUACAAUGACGGGAAGGAGUCGGAAGUGGUUUCAUUUCUCACCACUGCCAUUGAAUCGGUGGAUAACUGCCCCAGCAACUGCUACGGCAAUGGGGACUGCAUCUCUGGGACCUGCCACUGCUUCCUGGGCUUCCUGGGCCCCGACUGCGGCAGAGCCUCCUGCCCCGUACUCUGUAGUGGGAACGGCCAGUACAUGAAGGGCCGGUGUCUGUGCCACAGCGGCUGGAAGGGCGCCGAGUGUGACGUGCCCACCAACCAGUGUAUCGAUGUGGCCUGCAGCAACCAUGGCACCUGCAUCAUGGGCACCUGCAUCUGCAACCCCGGCUAUAAGGGCGAGAACUGCGAGGAAGUGGACUGCAUGGACCCCACAUGUUCUGGCCGGGGCGUCUGCGUGAGAGGCGAGUGCCACUGCUCUGUGGGAUGGGGAGGCACCAACUGUGAGUCACCCCGGGCCACGUGCUUGGACCAGUGUUCGGGCCACGGAACCUUCCUCCCAGACACCGGGCUUUGCAGCUGUGACCCAAGCUGGACUGGACAUGACUGUUCUAUCGAAAUUUGUGCUGCCGACUGCGGGGGCCACGGUGUGUGUGUGGGGGGCACCUGCCGCUGUGAGGAAGGCUGGAUGGGGGCGGCCUGCGACCAGCGGGCCUGCCACCCGCGCUGUGCAGAGCAUGGGACCUGCCGCGACGGCAAGUGUGAAUGCAGCCCCGGCUGGAACGGCGAGCACUGCACCAUCGAGGGUUGCCCUGGGUUGUGCAAUGGCAAUGGCAGAUGCACCUUGGACCUGAAUGGGUGGCACUGUGUCUGCCAGCUGGGCUGGAGAGGAGCUGGCUGUGACACAUCCAUGGAGACCGCCUGUGGUGACAGCAAAGACAAUGAUGGAGAUGGUUUGGUCGACUGCAUGGACCCCGACUGCUGCCUCCAGCCCUUCUGUCAUGUCAACCCACUGUGCCUGGGCUCCCCUGACCCACUGGACAUCAUCCACCCCGCAUGGAGCCCCCAGCUUCCACCCCCUGUGUCCCAGCAGAACCUGCACUCCUUCUAUGACCGCAUCAAGUUCCUCGUGGGCAGGGACAGCACACACAUCAUACCCGGGGAGAACCCCUUCGAUGGAGGGCACGCAUGUGUCAUUCGUGGUCAAGUGAUGACAUCAGAUGGGACCCCGCUGGUUGGUGUGAACAUCAGUUUCGUCAAUAACCCUCUCUUUGGAUACACGAUCAGCAGGCAAGAUGGCAGCUUUGACUUGGUCACAAAUGGCGGCAUCUCCAUCAUCCUGCGGUUUGAGCGGGCACCUUUCAUCACCCAGGAGCAUACCCUCUGGCUGCCUUGGGACCGCUUCUUUGUCAUGGAGACCAUCAUCAUGCGCCAUGAAGAGAAUGAGAUUCCCAGCUGCGACUUGAGCAACUUCGCCCGCCCCAACCCUAUUGUGUCUCCAUCCCCACUGACAUCCUUUGCCAGCUCCUGUGCAGAGAAAGGCCCCAUCGUUCCGGAAAUUCAGGCCUUGCAAGAGGAAAUCGCCAUCUCGGGCGGCAAGAUGAGGCUGAGUUAUUUGAGCAGCCGUACGCCGGGCUACAAGUCUGUCCUGAGGGUCAGCCUCACCCAUCCGACCAUCCCCUUCAACCUCAUGAAGGUGCACCUCAUGGUGGCGGUGGAGGGCCGCCUCUUCAGGAAGUGGUUUGCCGCGGCCCCAGACUUGUCCUACUAUUUCAUCUGGGACAAGACGGAUGUCUACAACCAGAAGGUGUUUGGGCUCUCGGAAGCCUUUGUCUCUGUGGGUUAUGAGUACGAAUCCUGCCCGGAUCUGAUCCUGUGGGAGAAAAGAACAGCAGUGCUGCAGGGCUAUGAAAUCGACGCUUCCAGGCUCGGAGGAUGGAGCCUGGACAAACAUCACGCCCUCAACAUCCAAAGUGGCAUCCUGCACAAAGGGAACGGGGAGAACCAGUUUGUGUCUCAGCAGCCCCCCGUCAUCGGGAGCAUCAUGGGCAAUGGGCGCCGGAGAAGCAUCUCCUGUCCCAGCUGCAACGGCCUUGCUGACGGCAACAAGCUCCUAGCCCCCGUGGCCCUGACGUGUGGCUCUGACGGCAGCCUCUACGUGGGAGAUUUCAACUACAUCCGAAGGAUCUUCCCCUCCGGGAACGUCACCAACAUCCUGGAGCUGAGAAAUAAAGAUUUCAGACAUAGUCACAGUCCAGCGCACAAAUACUACCUGACGACAGACCCCAUGAGCGGGGCUGUCUUCCUCUCCGACACCAACAGCCGGCGGGUCUUCAAGAUCAAGUCCACCAUGGUGGUAAAGGACCUGGUCAAGAACUCCGAGGUUGUCGCGGGGACAGGUGACCAGUGCCUCCCCUUUGAUGACACCCGCUGCGGGGAUGGUGGGAAGGCCACGGAAGCCACACUUACCAAUCCGAGGGGCAUCACGGUGGACAAGUCAGGGCUGAUUUACUUCGUGGAUGGCACCAUGAUCAGACGCAUUGACCAGAAUGGGGUCAUCUCCACCCUCCUGGGCUCCAAUGACCUGACCUCGGCCCGGCCCCUCAGCUGUGAUUCUGUCAUGGAUAUUUCUCAGGUUCGCUUGGAGUGGCCCACAGACUUAGCCAUCAACCCAAUGGACAACUCCCUCUAUGUCCUCGACAACAACGUGGUUCUGCAAAUCUCUGAAAACCACCAGGUGCGCAUUGUUGCCGGGAGGCCCAUGCACUGCCAGGUCCCCGGCAUCGACCACUUUCUGCUGAGCAAGGUGGCCAUCCAUGCAACCCUGGAGUCAGCCACCGCCUUGGCUGUCUCUCACAAUGGCGUCCUGUAUAUCGCUGAGACGGAUGAGAAAAAGAUCAACCGAAUCAGGCAGGUCACCACGAGCGGAGAGAUCUCGCUAGUGGCUGGGGCCCCGAGUGGCUGUGACUGUAAAAAUGAUGCCAACUGUGAUUGUUUCUCUGGAGAUGAUGGUUAUGCCAAGGAUGCAAAGCUGAAUACCCCAUCUUCCUUAGCUGUAUGUGCUGACGGGGAACUCUACGUGGCCGACCUUGGGAAUAUCCGAAUUCGGUUUAUCAGGAAGAACAAGCCUUUCCUCAACACCCAGAACAUGUAUGAGCUGUCUUCACCGAUUGACCAGGAGCUCUACCUGUUUGAUACCAGUGGCAAGCAUCUGUACACCCAAAGCCUGCCCACAGGAGAUUACCUCUACAACUUCACCUACACUGGAGAUGACGACAUCACAUUCAUCACAGACAACAAUGGCAACAGGGUGGACAUCAGCCGAGACUCCACCGGGAUGCCCCUUUGGCUGGUGGGCCCAGAUGGCCAGGUGUACUGGAUGACUAUGGGCACCAACAGUGCACUCAGGAGUGUGACCACACAAGGACACGAGUUGGCCAUGAUGACAUACCAUGGCAACUCUGGCCUUCUGGCAACUAAAAGCAAUGAAAAUGGAUGGACAACAUUUUAUGAGUAUGACAGCUUUGGCCGCCUGACAAACGUGACCUUCCCUACUGGCCAGGUGAGCAGUUUCCGAAGUGAUACAGACAGCUCAGUGCAUGUCCAGGUAGAGACCUCCAGCAAAGAUGAUGUCACCAUAACCACCAACCUGUCUGCCUCAGGUGCCUUCUAUACACUCCUGCAAGACCAGGUCCGGAACAGCUACUACAUUGGGGCGGAUGGCUCCCUGCGGCUGCUGCUGGCCAAUGGCAUGGAGGUGGCAUUGCAGACUGAGCCCCACCUGCUGGCCGGCACUGUCAACCCCACCGUGGGCAAGAGGAACGUCACGCUGCCCAUCGACAAUGGCCUCAACCUGGUGGAGUGGCGGCAGCGCAAGGAGCAGGCACGGGGCCAGGUCACCGUCUUCGGGCGCCGGCUGCGGGUUCACAAUCGGAACCUACUCUCUCUGGACUUUGACCGUGUGACGCGCACGGAGAAGAUCUAUGAUGACCACCGCAAAUUCACCCUCCGGAUCCUGUACGACCAGGCAGGGCGGCCCAGCCUCUGGUCACCCAGCAGCAGGCUCAAUGGCGUCAAUGUGACAUACUCCCCGAGGGGCCACAUUGCCGGCAUCCAGAGGGGCAUCAUGUCUGAGAGGAUGGAGUAUGACCAGACGGGCCGCAUCACAUCCAGGAUCUUUGCUGAUGGGAAGACAUGGAGCUAUACGUACUUGGAAAAGUCCAUGGUGCUGCUCCUCCACAGCCAGCGGCAGUAUAUCUUUGAGUUUGACAAGAACGACCGCCUCUCCUCCGUGACAAUGCCCAACGUGGCCCGGCAGACAUUAGAGACCAUUCGCUCAGUGGGCUACUACAGGAACAUCUACCAGCCCCCCGAGAGCAAUGCCUUCGUCAUCCAGGACUUCACUGAGGACGGGCACCUCCUCCACACCUUCUACUUGGGCACUGGCCGCAGGGUAAUAUACAAGUAUGGCAAGCUGUCUAAGCUAGCCGAGAUGCUGUACGACACCACCAAGGUGAGCUUCACCUAUGAUGAGACAGCCGGCAUGCUGAAGACCAUCAACCUACAGAACGAGGGCUUCACCUGCACCAUCCGCUACCGUCAAAUCGGGCCCCUGAUCGACCGCCAGAUCUUCCGCUUCACCGAGGAGGGCAUGGUCAAUGCUCGUUUUGACUACAACUAUGACAACAGUUUCCGGGUGACCAGCAUGCAGGCUGUGAUCAAUGAGACCCCACUGCCCAUCGAUCUUUAUCGCUAUGAUGAUGUGUCAGGCAAAACAGAGCAGUUCGGGAAGUUUGGUGUCAUCUACUAUGACAUUAACCAAAUCAUCACCACAGCGGUCAUGACCCACACCAAGCACUUUGAUGCAUACGGGCGGAUGAAGGAAGUGCAAUACGAGAUUUUCCGCUCACUCAUGUACUGGAUGACCGUCCAAUAUGAUAACAUGGGGCGAGUAGUGAAGAAGGAGCUGAAGGUGGGACCCUAUGCCAACACUACCCGCUAUUCCUAUGAGUACGAUGCUGACGGCCAGCUACAGACUGUCUCCAUCAAUGACAAGCCGCUCUGGAGAUAUAGCUAUGACCUCAAUGGGAACUUGCACUUACUGAGCCCUGGGAACAGCGCACGGCUCACCCCACUAAGGUAUGACCACCGCGACCGCAUCACUAGGCUAGGUGACGUGCAAUACAAGAUGGAUGAGGAUGGCUUCCUGAGGCAGCGAGGUGCUGAUGUCUUUGAGUACAACUCAGCUGGCCUGCUCACCAAGGCCUACAACCGGGCUGGUGGCUGGAGUGUCAGGUACCGCUACGAUGGCCUGGGGCGGCGGGUGUCUAGCAAGAGCAGCCAGGGCCACCACCUGCAGUUCUUCUAUGCAGAUCUGACCAACCCCACCAAGGUCACCCACCUCUACAACCACUCCAGCUCUGAGAUCACAUCCCUCUACUACGACCUGCAAGGGCACCUCUUUGCCAUGGAGCUGAGCAGCGGCGAUGAGUUUUACAUAGCUUGUGACAACAUUGGGACCCCUCUUGCUGUCUUCAGUGGAACAGGCUUGAUGAUCAAGCAGGUUCUUUACACGGCCUAUGGGGAGAUCUACAUGGACACCAAUCCCAACUUCCAGAUCAUCAUUGGCUACCAUGGUGGCCUCUAUGAUCCACUCACCAAGCUCGUCCACAUGGGCCGACGGGACUAUGAUGUGCUGGCUGGCCGCUGGACUAGCCCAGACCAUGAGCUGUGGAAGCACCUUAGUAGCAGCAAUAUCAUGCCUUUUAAUCUCUAUAUGUUCAAAAACAACAACCCCAUCAGCAACUCUCAGGACAUCAAGUGCUUCAUGACAGAUGUCAACAGCUGGCUGCUCACCUUUGGAUUCCAGCUUCACAACGUGAUUCCAGGUUAUCCCAAGCCAGACAUGGAUGCCAUGGAACCAUCCUACGAGCUCGUCCACACACAGAUGAAAACUCAGGAGUGGGACAACAGCAAGUCUAUCCUGGGUGUACAGUGUGAAGUGCAAAAGCAGCUCAAGGCCUUCGUCACCCUAGAACGUUUUGACCAGCUCUAUGGCUCCACAAUCACCAGCUGCCAGCAGGCCCCAAAGACAAAGAAGUUUGCAUCCAGUGGCUCAGUCUUUGGCAAGGGGGUCAAGUUUGCAUUGAAGGAUGGCCGCGUGACCACAGACAUCAUUAGUGUGGCCAACGAGGACGGGCGGAGGGUUGCCGCCAUCUUGAACAAUGCCCACUACCUGGAGGACCUGCAUUUCACCAUCGGCGGGGUGGACACCCACUACUUUGUGAAACCAGGGCCUUCGGAAGGCGACCUGGCCGUCCUGGGCCUCAGCGGGGGGCGGCGAACCCUGGAGAACGGGGUCAACGUCACCGUGUCCCAGAUCAACACGAUGCUCAAUGGCAGGACUAGACGCUACACAGACAUUCAGCUCCAGUACGGGGCCCUGUGCUUGAACACCCGCUAUGGGACGACCUUGGAUGAGGAGAAAGCGCGGGUGCUGGAGCUGGCCCGGCAGAGAGCCGUGCGCCGGGCGUGGGCCCGCGAGCAGCAGCGACUGCGGGAAGGGGAGGAGGGCCUGCGGGCCUGGACAGAGGGGGAGAGGCAGCAGGUGCUGGACACAGGGCGGGUUCAAGGCUACGAUGGCUUCUUCGUGAUCUCCGUGGAGCAGUACCCAGAACUGUCAGACAGCGCCAACAACAUCCACUUCAUGAGACAGAGCGAGAUGGGCCGCAGGUGACAGAGAGGACCACGGCCCGGACUUCUUGCCAAAGACAGCUGCUCUUUUGUGGCCGCACACCUGACUGUGUUGUACUUUAAAAAAAAAAAAAAAUUACUUUUUUUUAAACAAGUGCAGAAAAGAAACAAACAAAAAAAAAGAUACUGGUUGCAUUGUAACUCAUGCAACAUUCGUUUUUUUAAGAAAAGAAAAACACAAAAUUGGCCUUCACACAUUUUUUGCAAAGAACAGAAGGUAUUUUUUUUCUGUAGUGUGAUCACAAUGAAAACUUUAUUGUCUUUUG